AUGCAAAUUCACAAAUCACAAAGUACCUCGGUCCGGGCUGAUUCCCCGCAUUCUUCGAUCUAUAGCCCUGACUCUAUAAAUUACAUCUCUAUAAAUUACAUCUAUGCAGACUUACGCUUUUCUAAAGUUGUCCACGCCAUGUCUCUCCAAACACCACUAUGUAAACUCCUCAAGAUCCAACACCCCAUCCUGCUAGCCGGCAUGGCGCGUGCAUCCAGCGCCCCCUUAGCGGCAGCAGUCUCCAAUGCCGGCGGGCUGGGCACAAUAGGCGGACUAGGCUACACUCCAGACCAGCUAUCUGAGAUGCUCACCGAGCUCAAGUCUCUACUCCGAGACCCAUCCCUGCCAUUCGGGGUAGAUCUGGCCCUCCCCCAGGUCGGGGGAUCAGCCCGCGCCACAAACCACGACUACACACACGGCCAUCUGGACGAAUUGAUUGAAGUGACAAUCUCCCACGGCGCAAGCCUCUUCGUUUCGGCAGUGGGUAUUCCACCCGCCAAGACCAUCAAGCGGCUCCACGAAGCUGGCAUCCUGAUUAUGAACAUGGUCGGGGCACCCAAGCAUGCCGAAAAGGCCUUCAAGGCCGGUGUGGACAUUGUCUGUGCCCAGGGCGGCGAGGGCGGCGGCCAUACUGGGGAUGUGCCAUUCUCGGUGCUCAUCCCGGCAGUGGUGGAUGUGGCGCGGCGAUACACGAGUCCAUUGACCGGACAGCCGGCACUGGUUGUUGCUGCUGGGGGUGUGAAUGACGGACGCAGUUUGGCAGCCUCGUUGAUGCUGGGAGCGGCGGGGGUGUGGGUGGGCACGCGCUUUGUGGCUUCGGAGGAAAGCGGUGCCAGUCGUCUGCACAAGGAGGCUGUGGUUGGAGCGCAGUAUGGUGAGACCAAGAGGACGCUCGUUGUCUCGGGGCGGCCACUGCGGAUGCUGCCAAAUGAUUACAUUAAGGAGUGGGAAGGACGACCGGCUGAUAUUGCGGCAUUGACGUCCAAGGGUGUUGUUCCUAUGAUGGAUGAUCUGGAGAAUGAGAAAGACAUUGAUAUGCCUUUCCUCAUGGGGGAUGUUUCUGCCAGUGUGACGGCGAUUAAACCGGCUAGGGUCAUUGUGAAAGAGAUGGUGGACCAGGCAGUUGAUGUGCUGAGAGUUGGAAACUCAUAUAUCCAAGGGAGUAAAUUAUAG